UCGUUAACGUUGACGUUCUCGUUGUGUGCUUCGUAGGUACCUACUUCAGAUUUUAAGGUUGCAUACGUUUCUGUUUUUGUUUAACAUUCACAGCUGUAAAUGAAAACUAUCAUAGAAUAUUUUUUCUAAAACAUUUUGCUAAUUCAAAUAUAAUAGGUCUAACACAACCAUUAUGGCUUCGAACGAAGGGCGAACUACUCAAUCAAACUUGCAUCAGCAAGACUUAUCUAAAUUGGAUGUCACAAAAUUAUCUGCUCUCUCUCCCGAAGUCAUAUCAAGGCAGGCGACGAUUAACAUCGGUACAAUUGGACAUGUAGCUCAUGGAAAAUCUACUGUUGUGAAGGCUAUUUCAGGAGUACAAACUGUAAGGUUUAAGAAUGAAUUGGAAAGAAAUAUUACGAUCAAAUUAGGUUAUGCAAAUGCAAAAAUCUACCAAUGCGACAAUCCUAAAUGUCCGCGGCCAACCAGCUUUAUAUCCGGCGGCUCAUCUAAGGAUGACAGCUUUCCGUGUCUUCGGCCUGCGUGUACGGGUCGCUUCCAACUAGUUCGCCACGUGAGCUUUGUAGACUGCCCUGGUCACGACAUCCUUAUGGCAACUAUGCUUAACGGUGCUGCCGUGAUGGACGCAGCAUUACUACUCAUUGCGGGCAACGAAUCUUGCCCACAGCCCCAAACUAGUGAACACUUAGCAGCCAUUGAGAUAAUGAAACUGAAGCAUAUCUUGAUAUUACAAAACAAGAUCGAUUUAGUUAAAGAGGGACAAGCUAAAGAACAGCAUGAGCAAAUUGUAAAAUUCGUUCAAGGGACUGUGGCUGAAGGUGCACCUAUUAUACCCAUAUCGGCUCAACUCAAAUAUAAUAUUGAGGUCCUCUGCGAGUAUAUAACAAAAAAGAUUCCCGUACCCCUAAGGGAUUUCACAUCGCCUCCUCGUAUGAUUGUUAUUCGUUCAUUCGAUGUAAAUAAGCCUGGUUGCGAGGUUGACGAUCUACGGGGUGGCGUGGCAGGAGGAUCAAUUCUUCAAGGAGUUCUAACUGUCGGUAUGGAAAUCGAAGUGCGGCCUGGUUUAGUCAGUAAGGAUGCAGAUGGUAAAUUAACUUGCCGACCCAUAUUUUCACGCAUCGUUUCGCUGUUUGCCGAGCAGAAUGAGCUACAGUAUGCCGUCCCUGGUGGUCUUAUUGGCGUAGGAACGAAGAUCGAACCAACGCUGUGUCGUGCUGAUAGACUUGUAGGACAAGUAUUAGGAGCAGUUGGAUGUUUACCGGGAAUUUUUGUCAAACUCGAAGUAUCUUAUUAUCUUUUGAAACGUUUGCUUGGCGUGCGCACUGAAGGAGAUAAAAAGGCUGCCAAAGUCCAAAAAUUAGUCAAAAAUGAGGUCCUCCUCGUAAAUAUUGGAUCGUUAAGUACUGGCGGCCGAGUAAUCGCCACAAAAGUUGAUUUGGCUAAAAUCGCCCUUACGAACCCUGUUUGCACGGAAAUUGGAGAAAAAGUAGCAUUGAGUAGAAGAGUAGAAAAUCACUGGCGGUUAAUUGGUUGGGGACAAAUUCAAGGAGGUACAACUAUAGAACCAGCCAACAACUAAUUUUAUGUUUUUUUUACAUUUAAUAAUGUAAACUAUGUUCUAUGUAUUUAAUAAAAUAUUAACAUAAUA